AUGGAUAAGAGCGAUAAGAGGAUAAUUGCAGCAGUGGCAGUUGGAGCAGUCUGUCUGGCAAUUGGAUACUUCAAAAGAGGAGGAAGCAAGAAGGAGAGAAUAAGAAGAAUGUUCAAGAAGAGAGAUUAUAGGGGGAUUCUGAGCAAUUACAGUGGUGAGGAAAUAACAGGGGCAUUAUACGGAAAGUGGGGGGAGAACAAGGAGGAGGCAUUUAGGGCCAUUCUGUUCAUAACGAUGCUGGACGUGAAGAGAGAGGCUGCUGAAAGCAGGAAGUACAAUUUGGAGGCAGAAAUGAAGUUGGAGGAGUACGUGGAAGAGGAGUGUGGGAAGAUGGUGGAGAAGUACAGUUCAAGGGUGAGCGACGUGAAGACGAGAGACUUCUACGACCUGCUUGGCUGCGAUUCUGAGUCAUUUGGAAGUGCCCUCAAACUGGGAAUGGAUGAGUGCAUAAAGGGCAAUUUGAAAUGGGCCAAGAACAUCUUUGGCAGCUGCAGAAGCAGUUCGAACAGGCAGCUGGUUGAUUUGGUUGCUGUCUACCACGGCAUCUCGACCUGCCUGGUCACUGAGUCUGAGACUCAUCCAUUUCUGUACAGCAAGGUGCUUGAUAAGCUAGGGCGAAUUGAGGAGCAGAAGGAGUUUCUGGUGAAAAUUGGAAAUGGAGACCUGACACCUGUUGAAAGGGUGAUUCUGAUGCACCACAAACUGAUCAACCUGAUCAAGUUGGCUGUUGGUGGAUCUGAAUCAGCCUCAGUCGAACUGGUCGAAUACUCUGAUUCCGUCUUCAGUAGAAUCAAAUUGGGUGAAUUCAGUAGCCUGAAAAAUGAAAACUGUUUCAUCAAUUUGAUCUGUGUUCUGAUGGAGCACUCGUUGCUGAACGAGGACGAUCAGAGGAUAUCUGCCCUGACUGGUCUCAUUGAUCCAUCAAUUGACGUACGAUACGCCCUGAUCACGUAUCAGGCAGUGGAAUACUCAGAAAGAAGGAGUGGAAUCAGGUCGCCUAAGAAAAUGGAUAUUUUGACUGGUGCACUUAAGUUGGAUAAAAUGUGCUAUAAGUUGCAUAUUCUGCUUGGAAAUGAGACGAAGGAGACUGUCCACUACGAGAGGGCUCUCGAUGCGUCUACGACCAGGAGUGAGCGAUCCAAUGCCAUGCGGAUUCUCCUGGUGACUCGAAUCCAAAAUGAGAUUCUGGGGCUGUCUUCGUCUGAGAGGCAGUGA